AUGAUAUUGGGCACAGAGGUAAACGAGUUUGUGACGAAUCGUCAGUAAUCUAAAAUACACUACCUCUCUCAGGAGAAUAAACUUCUAUAAGAGUACAUUACCGAUUUGGAGAAUGCAUUGAAAUUAAAUAAGCAGGCAAUGACUUUGGCAUUGGGCAGCAAUCGGCCUAAGGUAACACUUUUAAAUUAAUGUCUACAAAGCAAUCUAAGGACGGCAGCACACUUUCUAGUGAGUAAAGUCCAACUCCAGAAUUGGUCAAGCUCUUAAAUGAGGAGAAUAAGAAAUUAAUGGAGGCCUUGACCAAGCAAUAAAAGGUGAGUAGUCAAUCGCAAACCAAAACACUUUUAUAGGAGUAGAUAGCUGAAGAGCAAUCAAAUUAUUACAAAGAUUUGAUUAGUGAUUUAGAAUAUAAGCUAAUUGAAUUGAAGCGUAACAUUCAUGAUAAGGAAUAUGCCAUAUAGGAGUUGGAACGCAUGAAGCCAAUUUAGGAGAAGGAAGGCCAAUUAGUUAAAUUAAUAGAGGUAGUGACACCUUCAGAAUAGAAUCUGAAAUUGCACGAAGAGUUGGAAAGUGUGAGGGGAGUCUUGCAGAAAAUUACAGCAGAAGCUCAGAGUGUUUCAGAAAGCAACAAUGCCUUGAGAGAGGUCAAUUAUCAUUUGAAAAGGGAAAUAUUCAAAAUGAGAAUUGUACUGAGAAGUUAGGUGAACUAUUAAAAUAUGAAGGGUAUCAAGUCUUCAUAUUCUAGAUUUUGUGUAUAAUGAAUUUCUCGAUAAAACAGAUAACAAUCUGGAAUUGAACAAGGAGUUACAAAAUUAAAGAGGUAGACUAGAACAAAUGCAUUAAGACUUGUAUGGAACCAGCAGUUUAGGCUAUGGAUUCUCUCCAGAACCAUAACAAUUGAAAUAUCUGAGCAAAAAUGAAAGAAUGAUUUAUCAGGAGAAGUUGCAUAAGAUGGAAAUGAUGGUUAAAGGAUUCAAAGAGUUAUUUGAAAAGGAAAAAAAUAAUUAUAUGAAUAUUAGCAAAUUGUAUAAUUAAUUAGUUAAGAAAUAUGAAUAGAUUCAAGACAACAAUGAAUUAUUAAUACGUUCAAAUCAAUUAAAAGACUAAAGGAAUGACUAAUUGAUGGCAGAAUUGCAAUUUUACAAGAAACAAAAUUAAAAUUAUAUGGAGCAACUCAAAACUAGAAAACAAUUCAACUCUAUAUAAUUAAAUCAAGAAUAAGAUAUAGCUGUUGGCAUAUUUAGUCCUAGAAUCAAUAAUGAAAGAGUCAAUACUUAGCCCUCCUAUUUCGUCAGGCACUCAUAGUAAUUAUCAAAUUUCGAUGUUAAAUUGGAUGAUACAGAACCAAAGGAAAAUAUCUCAGUUUAAUUAAACAAUUCAAAUCAAAAACAAAUUUAACAAGUGCUUCCUCAAGUUCAAAUGAAGAAACUCUAAUUAAAAGAAUUAGAGAUUAAUACAGAUGAUAAUAAUUUUGAGUAGGCUCCAUAUUGUUAAACAGCAAGAGCUGACUCUAAACCUCUUGUUAGAAAUCAAAUGCUACAGAAGAAAGCCUCAUACUAUGAUAUGACUAGAGAAGAAUGCGUUAAUUUCAUUAUGUCAAUGUCCAGGGAGUUCUUUUAACAUUUUGAUGUAUGAUAUCGCUUAAAUUUAUAGAUAAGUAACAUAAAGAAGAAACAAUUAAUUAAAUAGAUGGAAGACCCUCUGUCCCAAAUAAAAAGAUAGAAAAGAUCUUACAGUAAUCCAUUUUCCUAUUUUUCAAAUGAGAGUUAGGUUAAUUUUACCAAACCCCCGAAAUAAUCAGUUGUGGCCAUUGUAAUUAUUUAUUCUACCAGUUUUUAGACCAAAAAUGAAAUCUAGUAAUUAUUGGGUCAAUUGACUUGCAAAAAGAAAUAGUAAUCCGAGCAUUUUGAUUUAUUCAGUGUUGACGUUUCUUAAAUUGAUGGUAAUAAGAGCAAGAAAUAAAUGCUUGAUUAAGAUAUUAGUUUUAUUUCAAAUAUCGAUUAACAAGAUUGA